CUUUAGUUCGUCGACGCUUACCAUACGACAUACGUAUUAAUCUCGCACCCGUACCAAGUCUUCAAGCUUACCCAUCGUUCGAUGGCGAUGUUUGACUCAUCAGUGUCCAGCAAUCCCCAAUCCCACCUUCCAUCAUCUGGCGCUGUUACCCAAGCAUCCACAAUUCUCUCGAGCCCCGCGUCUUGAUGAGUUGGUUUAUAUGAAUUGUCUACCGACCUUCUAUAUUGAGGAACUCAAUAUGCGUUUUGGACGUUACACUACAUUUCAGCUAGCUGUUUCCUUUUGCCUUCCCCAUAUUUAGAUCUAGCGAGAUGCACUAAGAUCGUAUCUCGCAUUCUUCGAUUUAAAUCCCAGGGUUCUAUUUCCAGAUAAAUUCAGGCUGUUCAUCUCAGUCUCUUCGAUGCACAAAAAUUCACUCUCUUACUCACUCCGAUCCUCAGCAUCUGAACCGCAGCCUCCUUAAAUCCUCUCAACACCACUCCAACGGCCAUCAUGAAACUUCUGCCCACCUUCCUCACUAGUCUCUCCCUCACCAUCACCACAACUGCUACACUAGUCUACCCCAACACCGCCUCCAACUGUGGCAAUCCUGCCGGCCAGGCCGGCAGCUUCUACGACUGUGGUGACACGGGAUUACGCAACUACAACAUUAAAUCCGCCCAGGUGUUGUAUUAUCAGCAUACGGUACGCUUCUUCCGGAACGCUGAUUGCUCAGGUGCACAUAUUUCGGUGGCGUCGGAUGAGUGUGUGAACUUUCCGUUCAGGCCGCUUUGUGCUAGAAUUUUGUGUUGAUUUUGGUUGAAUCUGUUUAGGAGGGUGGUAUAGGGGAAAUGAGGGGAACGGUUGAAUCGGCACAGUCUGAACCGCGCAAUUUCUUCGGCGCCUCCAGAUAAAACAUAUAAAUUUAAGCCCUGAUGCAGAGCUGUGGCUAUUUUCACAGCGCUUUUAGUCGAC